AUGUCCUAUCCACACGAUCCAGAGCGUGCAGGUCUCCCCAGCUCUGGAAACAGUCCAAAGGCAAGGCAGCAAGGUGAUUAUCUCGAACUCGGAGGCGGCCAGUCCGGUCUGAGCCAGAGUGAUUUAAGGCUACCGGAUGGCCAAGUUCCUGUCACAAAGGUCGGCAGGGUAUACUCUUACUUGGUCAGUGCCUCCAUCGUCACCCGCUGGAUACUCUUCAUCGUUCCCAUCCUCGGUAUCAUCUGGAUCCCGGGCAUACUCAACCUCACCUCUUUCCCAAAUGCCAAGGUUUGGGGUGUCAAGUUGAUCUGGUGGAGUAUCUGGUUGAGUGUGCUAUGGGGAGGUGCGUGUGUGUCUAAAAUAACCCGCUCAAUACGCAUCGCACCUUAUUUUAUCAGAGCGACUGUCGGCGUCGUAGCCGUCAGCUCGCGCCGCUACAUCGACUGGCUGCAGGCUCUCCAUCGAUAUAUCGCGCUCUUUGCAUGGACUGUUGCCCUCUGGGCCUCUUUUAGCCCUCUCAUCAUCUCACAUCAGGACGGUCGCACGGACACCGUCGUCAUCACCAACACCACACUUGCCAACCUCGGCGAGGCAGAAGUCAAUGGCGUCCCCUCCAGGAGCGUCGCCGCCGUCAGUCUCAUGGCAAAACUCUUAUUCUCGUUCCUCCUCUGCACCGCCCUCCUCCUCUUUGAAAAGUUUUCCAUCCAGUGGAUCGCAGCCAAAUUCCACGAACGGUCCUACGCCGACCGCAUCCAGGAGCAAAAGUUUGCCGUCCGCACGCUCGUCACGCUAUACCGCAACUCGUCAGAGAUUCCUGGUCGUUCGGAUACGCUUGGCCGGGGACACACGCGCGAAGUCAGCGUCAAUCCCAAGCGUCUCUUCCGCAAGUUCAGGGAGGGCGUCAGGUUCGCCACGACCACCACAGCCACCGCGUUUGGAAACGUCGCCUCAGAGAUUGCUGGAAGUUCUGUCCUCCAGCCGAAUUCUCCUCAGGCGAUCAUCAAGACUGUGCUAGAAUCUGCCAACAAAUCGCGUUUGCUUGCUCGUCGGCUUUAUUACUCUUUUGCUAAAAAAGACGCGGAGUAUUUGCUUGUUGAAGAUAUUCAGCGGUUCUUUCCUACCAAGGAAGAUGCGGAUGCGGCAUUUGCACUGUUUGACAAGGACGGAAAUGGGGAUGUGUCUAGAGAAGAAAUCGAAAUGGCCUGCCUUGAAUUUCACCGCGAGCAAUUAUCGAUCGAGAAUUCGAUGCGGGACCUUGAUAGUGCCGUUGGUCGCUUGGAUAAUAUCUUGAUGACGGUCUAUGUCAUUAUCGCAGGAUUGAUCAUCGCCGUUGGCCUGGAAGCACAAUUGGUCACUCUCGUAACAUCAGCCGGGACGCUGAUUCUCGGAUUGAGCUGGCUAAUUGGUGGAAGUUUGCAAGAGGUGUUGACGAGUAUCAUUUUCCUCUUCAUAAAGCACCCCUUCGAUGUGGGCGAUCGGGUCGUUCUCAAUAAGGAGACGUAUACAGUCAAAGAGAUCCGUCUGCUCUCCACCGUUUUCCUGGAUUCAAAUUCGGGAUUGGUACAGGCCCCUAACAAUCAGCUGAAUACAUUGAUGUCGGAGACAUUUACGUUUGAUGUUGCGUACUCGACUUCGUUUGAAGAUUUAGAACGACUGCGCGAGAAAAUGUUGGCUUUCGUCACAGCGGAGCGAAGGGACUACCAGUCAGUGUUUGAUGUCAAAGUCAAAGACUUCCCUGAUCAAGGUCGAAUGACUUUAUCUGCUGACAUCAAAUACAAGAGCAACGGACAGCAAGCUGCGUUGAAAUCAAAACGUCGAAACAAAUGGAUAUGCGCUCUUAAAGCCAGUUUGGGCGAACUCAAGAUCUAUGGGCCGAGCGGAGAUCCCAACCCGCCACCUGGUGUCACUCGAUACACCAAAGUCCCUUGGGAAACUAUUCAAGCCAACGACCGUAAAAAUGCUGCUGGUACUGCUCCACAGAUGCCACAGGCUAAUCUGGAGCAAAUGCCCCCUUUGGGCGGAUGGCAAUUGAGCGAUAAAAACACGGCGAUUCUUGAUAAUACCGAUAGUGUAUUUGGGGACUCGGCAGAUCUGUACCCGCGACGAGAGAUGUCGCAGGACUCUGUUUUCGGGGAUAGCGCGAGACAGAGGGGCGCAGCGACUACCACUGCAUCACAACCACCAUCUGCUUCCAGAAAUCUGCAGCCUUCCGGUCCUCCACACCCGGCUGAUGUCUUUGAGAUGAGACCUCGCUGA